AUGGGCAGGGUCGCGAAGACCUCACGGAAUUUUUGACGACGGCGUGAGGACAAGUUGGCAACCACCCCACAAACUACAAAAAAUGGCGCCUCGAAUACCCCGAAUAACUUCGCCCUGUCUGCGCCAAUUGCGCAGGGAAUCGGGUUUGCCGCAAAAAUCAUGGGCUCUCGCGCUUCGCAGCAUCUCAACCUCCGGGAAACAGUCUGCCGCUGUUUCCGCUGGUACCCGAGCCCCCAUCGAAUACACCCCCCCGACGAAGCCUCCUAGCGCUCGACCGGUCGAAACGAGAAAGAGUCAGAUGAUCCGAACCUACACGUCACUGCUCCGUACCACUCCCUUGAUUCUCUUCUUCCAGCACAGCAACCUGACGGCCAUUGAGUGGGCCGCUGUACGACGAGAGCUGAAGAAGGCUUUGCUGGAAGUCCCCUCACCCAAUGCCGCCCCAGGUGCCGAACCACUCGAUAUCACCCCAUUGGUGCAGUUACAAGUUCUCAGGACCAACAUGUUAAGCGUGGCCAUGAAGAUUGUCGAGUUUUACAACCCAGCGGUCGCCGCGGCGUCAGCCAAGACCCCGCGGACAGCCCGUGGACCUGUUAUCCAUGAUCUAUCGGAAGCAGCGUACGAGGCCGUCAAGAACGCCGAUGUCCCUGUAGACUCGUCCUUCGCCCAGAUCGAGCCGCUCUUGGUUGGCCCACUGGCUGCACUGGUGCUACCCGCCGUCUCCCCCGCCCAUGUUUCCGCGGCACUGAGUGUGCUCGCCCCUGUUCCCGGGCAGUUCCCGGCGCCGACGAGGAAGAAGAGCCCCGGCUUCCACGACCCUAUCUGUCAGAAUGGACUGGCCAAGCUUCUACUUGUAGGCGGCCGGAUCGAGAACAAGAUCUUUGAUAAGGCUGGCGUCAACUGGGUUGGUGGUAUCCAGGGAGGCAUGGAUGGUUUGCGGGCACAACUUGUCGGAAUCCUUCAAGGUGCUGGUCUGGGCAUCACCACCGCCCUUGAAGGUGGGAGCAAGAGCUUGUGGCUGGCCCUCGAAGGUCGAAAGACGCAGCUGGAAGAAGAGAACAAAGGGCAGCUUGGUGAGCAGAAGGAGGAACAGUAGACUUGAGGCUUGUGACGUUACGUUGGGUGUAUCGAUAGGUUGCCCGCCCAAGGGACAUUGUAUGUGUACAUGUACGAACAGCAUAGGAGGCCAAGCAGCGCCAUUUAACGCGGAGUCAUGCACUACCAUACCGAAGCUCUCCCCGCUGAGGCAGUUCCGUCGUGCCAACUUUCAGGCCUAGACGAAUGUCCUUGCCAGCACCUGCUAGGAUGUGAGUCGGAUCCUCGGUACCUUUUGAUCUUGGGUGAUGGACUUAGGGGAGGGAUCUGCCACCAAUAGCUGAGCUCCCCGCCAUCUCCGUAGUGGCCGUAGUGUGUAGUGGCCGUAGUGGCCGCCUGCAGCGCCAAAAUUAGGGUCCUCAGUGAGCGUCGAAGGAAAUAGGAAGGUGCUUACGUGUGGCGCCAGGGGCUUCCAUGAAGGACAAAGCUUGGU